CUAGAACAUAGAGACCUAAUGAAAACAUAUCAUUGCAGAUGAGAAGAUGCAGGGACCUCAGGUUCUGCAUGCUCCUGCCCAAAAUUCAUCAGCAAUGGUCAAAGAAAGAACUGAUAAUGGAUCAGUCCUUGAUAGAGAUGUGGCUAAUGUUGGGACUUCCACACUUAGGGGGUUGCAGGGUUCUAGGCGUGAUAUAUUGAGAUAUGGAAGCUUGGGCAUUUCUUUGUCCUGUUUCUUCUAUGCCAUCACAAACUGGAAGGCAAUGCAAUAUGCAUCACCAAAAGCUAUUUGGAAUUUGCUAUUUGGAGUCAAAAGUCCAUCUUUUAAGCAGAAUGAAGGAGAUUCACAAGAUGAAAGAAUCCAACAAUUUGUGAACUAUCUUUCUGAUCUGGAAGCCAAGGGGACUGCUCGUACUGUACCUGAAUUUCCACCUAAACUUGACUGGUUGAAUACAGCUCCACUUAAGUUUGGCCGGGAUUUGCAAGGAAAAGUAGUUGUGCUGGAUUUCUGGACCUAUUGUUGCAUAAAUUGUAUGCAUGUUUUACCAGAUCUAGAGUUUUUGGAGAAUAAAUACAAAGAUAUGCCAUUUGCUGUUGUUGGAGUACACUCUGCAAAGUUUGAUAAUGAGAAAGAUUUAGAGGCCAUCCGUAAUGCAGUAUUACGUUAUGGCAUCUCACAUCCUGUUGUCAAUGAUGAAGAUAUGAAUUUAUGGAGAGAACUAGGUGUAAAUUCAUGGCCUACAUUUGCAGUUGUUGGGCCAAAUGGUAAGCUCCUAGCACAAUUAUCAGGUGAAGGCCACCGAAAGGAUCUUGAUGAUUUAGUGGAGGCUGCUAUUCUGUUUUAUGGUAGAAAGAAAAUGUUAAACAACAAACCACUUCCCUUGAGGCUGGAAAAAGAUAAUGAUCCUCGCUUGCUUACAUCUCCAUUGAAGUUUCCUGGAAAGUUGGCAAUAGAUAUCCUUAACAAUCGCCUCUUCAUAUCAGACAGCAACCAUAACCGCAUAGUGGUAACUGACCUAGAUGGGAACUUUAUUGUCCAAAUUGGGAGUACAGGAGAGGAGGGUUUACGUGAUGGCUCCUAUGAUGAUGCCACCUUUAAUCGCCCUCAGGGUCUGGCUUACAAUGCAAAGAAAAAUAUUCUUUAUGUUGCUGAUACUGAAAAUCAUGCUUUGAGGGAAAUUGAUUUUGUUAAUGAAAGAGUGAGAACUCUUGCUGGAAAUGGAACCAAAGGUUCAGACUACAAAGGAGGAGAAAGAGGAGCCUCUCAGCUGCUCAACUCUCCCUGGGAUAUCUGCUUUGAUCCAGUAAACGAGAAGGUUUACAUUGCAAUGGCUGGCCAACAUCAGAUAUGGGAACAUAACACACUAGAUGGAGUUACCAGAGCAUUUAGUGGUGAUGGUUUUGAAAGAAACUUAAAUGGACCAAGCUCUACAAGCACAUCCUUUGCACAACCAUCUGGAAUAUCAUUAUCUCCUGAUCUCAUGGAGGCAUAUAUUGCUGAUAGUGAGAGUAGCUCUAUUCGAGCUCUUAACCUGAAAACCGGAGGAUCCAGAUUGCUAGCUGGGGGUGACCCUGUUUUCUCAGAGAAUUUGUUUCGGUUUGGAGACCAUGAUGGUAUAGGAUCUGAAGUACUUCUUCAGCAUCCAUUAGGCAUCUUAUGUGCUAAUAAUGGUCAAAUUUACAUAGCAGACAGCUACAACCACAAGAUCAAGAAGCUAGAUCCAGCUAGUAAAAAAGUUAGCACAGUAGCAGGAACAGGGAAAGCUGGUUUCAAGGAUGGAAUUCCCCUAGCAGCUCAGCUAUCUGAGCCAGCAGGGAUCAGCCUAGCAGAAAAUGGGAGGCUUUUUAUAGCUGAUACAAACAACAGCGUGAUAAGAUAUCUAGAUUUGAACAAGGAAGAAGCUGAACUAUUUACUUUAGAGCUGAAAGGAGUCCAGCCGCCACGGAAAUCCAAAUCUUUGAAACGCCUCCGAAGGCGAUCCUCAGCUGACACAGAGUCCAUUAUUGUUAAUGGUGGUUCAUCAAAUGAGGGGAACCUAUAUCUUAAAAUAUCAUUACCUGAAGAAUACCAUUUCUCAAAGGAAGCACAAAGCAAAUUCAGCAUUGACAUUGAACCUGAAAAUGCCAUGUUGAUUGAACCCUCAGAUGGAAACCUUAGUCCAAAAGGAACUGUAACCCUUCACUUUAGAAGAUCCUCAACCUCAGCUUCAGUAGGGAGAGUUAAUUGCAAGGUGUACUAUUGCAAAGAAGAUGAGGUCUGCUUAUACCAAUCCCUUCUAUUUGAGAUUCCUUUCCAAGAGGAAGUUCCAGAGUCUUCCCCGGCAGAAAUCAAACUUGAUUACAUAGUGAAGCCCAAAACCUCAACAAGCAGCUUGCAGCUUCCAACUCCCUCCUAGACAGAGUAUCCUCUUAACUACUUCUUGAGGUCUGUCUAAAUUCUCCUUCUUACAAUUAUCAUGAUAAUAUUACAUUCAACUGCUCAGAGCAUCUAGGUAUAGUUACAGUCUUAGAAAAGUAUUUACCCUUUUCUUUUUCAAAUUAAGAGCUGUCAAUAUAAUGUUAUAGCUGAUGAAUUACAUGAUUCUUGAAAGAAAAGACAUCUUUGUACUUUUCUUUUGUUUCUGUGUUUGUUUAAGACUAUCAUUUUACAUUAGCUUUUCAGUAAGAAAACUCAGUCAGGAUUAAUGCUAGUGUUUAAAUUCUGUCCAGAUGUUUAAAUUAUAUGAUUCAUAAGGUCACCUCAGUUAAUGCUUAGCAUGUGCAACCCCCCACCAUAUUCUGCGGCCAGAUGCCUCUUUUCUACUUUAAUCCCUUUUUUCCUGUUCAUAAUUAAAAUUCCAGCUUCCUUUCAAGCUCCAUCCUUGAUAAUGUUCUACAUUUUAUAUUAAUACUGCUAUUAUUUUAUUGUAAUCAUCAUCAUCAUUGUGUUUGGAUAAGCAAGGGAUAGAUUACUCACCAAGGCACACACUCGUGCACACUUUGUCUUUAAUUGGUUAAAAUGAUUGCAGUGGAAUCAAUUUUUUUGAUGUACUACCAUUCUUUUUCCUUUCCUUGAUGCAUAGUACAUAUCAGCCUCCUACAUACAUGGCAGACAACAGAUUAUUGGAUCAAACCAUUAUUUAUUUAAUCUU